AGCUCUCAUCGCAGAUUGACGAAUUAUGGCGGAUUUCUGCUUUUGCCCGAUAUUGUCUGCCUCUGUCCCAGAAAUUCGCAUCCAGCCCAGAACGCCAGUCCUCCGCAUGUCUCGGUAAUUCAACGGUACGCGCACUCAAAGCGGUCUGAAAAGUGUACUCGCUGGUCGCACAGGACCCCUCGCCAGCACCUGCAAUCACCAGAGACAGCUUUCACUCCACCCAGGCCAGCAUUCCCUGCCGUGCAGCUGAACGCGACCAGCCCUACACGCACCUGUGGCGUUGAACGAACAGCAGCAACGCAUACAGUCAGACAGUCGAUCGGUGUCUGGCGUUGCGAUACGAGGCGUUAUCUGCAUACCCGUCCUGCAAAAGGUGGAUCUAGGCGAGCAUUGGAUACAUUGCUGAGGCCGGGACCCGCUCAAUCUAUUUUCCUCAUUAGCCAUUAUUGCGAGGGCCCUCGUUGCAGGUCACCUCCGACACUCCUCAGCCAAAGUGGCUCAGCACUCCAAAUCUGCCAGUGGUGCAGAAGCAACCACCGCCGCCCAAGUCUCGAACCAUCGACGAAGAACGAGCAAUUCAUGUCCGCGAGAUAAUACCCGGCGUGCAAGCGCGUUCUCCGAUCACACGGCCGGCGACGCCUUCCUCGAGAAGGACGAGGCGGGCAUGUCGCUCGACCGCAGUCCUAGCCCGCGACGAGAGGGCGGCUGGUCCUCCCCUGGCUUGAGCAAUCCUCCCUUUGAAGGAAAUGGGCGACUGCGCGGCUCGAGUCCGACACCGAACGGCGGCGUAUCGUGGGCGACGGCGAAAGAGCGAUCGGCCAGAGUCAACGGAUACCCGCGCUACCAGAGCACGAAUCAAGGCUUCUUUGGGAGAUUUGGGCGCAAACUGAGCAUGAGCUUGCCUUUCGCACACGGGGGACAGGAAGAGCGAAUAUCAGGGAAGGACAAAUUUGAACGGGGGCGGACAGGAAUGCGGUGGACAUUGGCAGACCUCCCGAGACGGUGCGGAUUACUGAUGUCUCGGAGACGGAAGUACAUGGCGAUGUUGAUCAUCACCGUGCUGGGAUUGCUGGCAUUAUUUUGGAGUCCUGUUCGAUACUGGUAUAGGAGGACAUCAUGGCUAGGAGGAGGGUCAAAUUUCGUCAUCAUACUCGGCGCCAACCAGGGAGGCGGUGUGAUGGAGUGGAAGGGAGCUCGAGAAUGGGCGAUCGAAAGAGACAGUGUUAAGAACAAGAAAAAGUAUGCUGCCAAAUGGGGCUAUGACCUCCACAUUGUGGACAUGAGCACGAAAAAGCGCUACGCCCACGAAUGGAGGGAGAGCUGGGAGAAGGUGGACAUUGUGCGAAAUGCUAUGAAGAAGUAUCCCCAGGCUGAGUGGUUCUGGUGGCUCGAUCUUAACACCUUCAUUAUGGAACCGGAGUACUCGCUACAAAGCCACCUUUUCAACGACCUCGGCGGCACGACAUACCGCGACAUCAACAAAUACAAUCCCUUGAAAAUCCAACACCCGCCGAACUGCACUUCUGACAAGGCCAGCGAAGGACAGUAUGCGAAUUACCUGGACGAGGAGUCUUUAUCACUGGUUGGGGAUGGCAAACCAGAGAGCAUUAACUUGGUCCUGUCGCAAGACUGUGGUGGUUUCAAUUUGGGCUCCUUCUUCGUCCGCAGAAGUUCAUGGACAGAUAGAGUGCUCGACAUGUGGUGGGAUCCAGUUUUCUACGAGCAGCGGCACAUGGAAUGGGAGCACAAAGAGCAGGACGCUUUCGAGUACAUCUACACGAACCAACCCUGGAUUCGACCGCAUGUAGCCUUUGCGGCGCAACGCAAGGUCAAUGCUUUCCCUAAUGGAGCCUGCGGCGACGAUCGAGGCCUGCCAUCGGGCGGCUGCAGAGCGCUCAAGAUCGGAGACGAUAUGAAGGAAUGUGGCCUCCAGGGCAUACACUAUCAAGAGGCGGAGCGGGAUUUCCUCGUGAACAUGGCAGGCUGCGAGUGGGGUCGCGAUUGCUGGGGAGAAAUGUACAACUUCCGGCAACUGAGCAACUAUCUGAAUCGGAACCCCUGGGAGAAGUUCAAGGACGGUAUUUCGGAUCUAUGGACCGGAAGGUCGAAGAAAGAAAAGGCCGAGAAGGAGAAAGCUGCGCAAAAUCAGGCGCAGCAGGAGCAAACCGAUCAGCAAGGCGAUGGCAAGCAAUAACUGCCAAAAUUACUGAUGUCAUGAUGAAAUGACAAGGCCGGCUGCAUUUCGAAGCAGAUUUCUGUUGUAUCUGGAUACGUUCAAGCGUUUUUGCAUACAUUUGGCAUGGUGGGCAAUUUUGCAAACAUGUGCCCUCGGGGACGGCGUUCAUCUGCAAAUGAGGGGGGCCUACACUACG